AUGAGGAGGCUCCACUUCUGCAGCCCUGAGGGUGCUUUUAACCGGACUCCUUUGUAUCGUGCUGCCUUUGCGGGCCACCUAGCAGCAGUGGAGCUGCUUCUCCAGCAUGGGGCUGACCCUCGACUCUAUGCUGAUGACGGCAACACCCCAGAGCAGAUUGCUUCCCUGGACAGCUUGGUGGCUGUGCUGAACUCCUGGGACAUCCGCCUGACAGAGUCCAUGCUCCAGAAGAUGGAGGCGGAAGAGCAGCGAAGGGUGCAGCAAGACAAGAAGCAAAAAGAAGCAGAGACCCGACGGAUGACAGAGGAGGUAGAGCAGCUGGCCAAGGAGCACGAGAGAUGCAGCAAGGAGCUGCAGCAGGCCUACUGCGAGCUGAACCGGAGGAUCACAGAGCACGACAAGUGCCAGCGGAAGCAGAUGGACAACGCCGAGAUCACCCUCCAUGCCAUUGCAGACGCAGAAUCCCUGGUGCAGAGGCUGCGCGUGGCUGCUGAAGAUGCUGAGGAGAAGGUCUCCCUGGCCCGGCUGAAGCUGCGGGAGCAGAUGCAGGAAGGGUCAGCAGCAGAGUUCCAGGGCCUGAAGUGCUCUGUGCAGGAGCUGGAUGACGUGCUCUUGAAAGACGUGGGUGGGAAAAUCCAUGCAGAUGGACGGUGGCCACUGAUCAUUGACCCUUCUGGGCAGGCAGCCAUCUUCCUGCGCUAUCGGGACACCAACUUUCUGAACACAGUGAACCCCAGCGACAUGGCUGAGGAGACCAUUCGCCUGGCAUUGCUGGGCUCUCUGCGAUAUGGGAAGCCCCUUGUCUUUGACAUGAUGGAGGUGAACAUGUUUGACACAGUGAAGAAGCAGCUGGAACGGCUUAAACCAGGCUUGGCAGAGGCACUGCUGGACAAGAAGAUCCUACAGAAUGAGAGGUAUCUUUCCCUACGGAGGCCAACAGAUGGGCCUGAAUAUGCAGAGACAGAGUUUCAAGCAGCUCGAAUAGAAAAAUUCAAACUCUUCAUUGUAACUAAACAGCAGCAUCCUCCUGAAGAGAUGCUGCAGCGGCUCCUUCCAAUCCAGGUCACCCUGUCUCGGUAGGCAAUGCACUGCAGGCGGCCUCAUCCAGUGCUGGACAUUAAAGGAAAACCUGAGCAGUG